GUGUUUCAGACUCCUAACAUGAAGAAGAAAUGAAUUAAACCCGAAGAAUCAUGAACCAGUCCAGUACAACAGAAACCAUUUUGAGAUCGGGAUACGAUCUAUCAGUAUACGGACUGGCUAAUGGUCAGUUUCUUUACAUACACAUACCGGCUUUGUUAUGUAUUUCUACCAGUUUCAUCUGUGUUGUCAUUGUUAUUGGACUAUCAUUUCGUCACAAAAGCUACAAGACAUUUUUCAAGUGGACGAGAAGCGAGCGAUUCGUGGUGUACCUUGCUCUCUGCGAUGGAGGAUUUAACGUCUCUCACUUCACUGACCAUCUCCAUAUCGUCAUCGUCAGAGGUCAUGUCUAUCCCAGAGAACUCUGCGAGUUUUAUGGAUUUAAUUUGGCGGUUUUUGUUUCCGCUCAGAAUUUGAUGGUCAAUGUUGUCGCAAUAAACGCAUUUAUUUUGAUAUACUUUAACAAGCAGAUUCCGUUUGGUAGGAAGGACUAUAGACUUCUUCUAUGGACUUUUGGUACACCUUUUGUAACUGCCGCCAUUGCUGGUAUCCUAGGACAACUUGGACCAAAUGGGACAUUUUGCUAUUUUGACGGCGUCAAAGGAACCAUAGCUAACCUUUUCUUUACCACUGUGCCCCUGGUCCUGAUUGUCGUAAUGAAUAGUAUCCUCUACAUCCUAACGUGGCUCAGAAUCCGUAAAGAAACCAAACGACUCCACCUCGGCGACAGUUCGCAACUGAUAUCCGCCAACUUCACGGCUGCCAGGAACAUGUCGCUGUUUGUGUUGGCUUUCUUUGUCCAGUGGUGGGCAAUGUCCAUGUUCGGAGUCUGGGCCUACGUCCAGCCGGAGAGUGUCCCCCAGGUGGUGUAUCACCUCGUCACCACCUUCUCCAACAUAGGGGGGAUUCUGAACUUAAUUGUUUACAUUAUCAUCAGAAAGAGGUUAAUUCUCCGGAAACAUCUUAAGAAGCUCAAGAAGGCAGAGAUGCAAGGCACCGAGCUCUCCAACGUGGGCACUUCAAAGUCCAUCUCCCUAUAAAAUUAGAAUGCAGCUGACCUUCAUCAACAUUUUUAUUUUCUGAAAGGAUUCGAAUUGUACACAUAGAAAAAAAAUAAUUAAAAAAAACUUUUUAUAAUAUGAAACACAGGAUCCACUAUUUAUUUUUAUUUUACUAAAAUGUAUAUCAGUAGCAUUGACUCUGACCAUAGACGCCCCUAUCUUAAUUGAUAAAUAAAAUGUAUCUUAAGAUGAAUUAAGAUAGAUAUGCUUAUGACUUGUUCCUUUACAGUGAAAACCAUAUAAAUAUAUUUUCUCGGUAAUAAUCGUCAAGGAAGAAAAAGAACACUACAAAUUCACAGAAAUGUUAAAUAUGUGCAGAUACAGGAACGAGGUUGAUCCAUUCAUUUUCCAUAUGCUUCCUGUAUACAUGUAUAUACAUAUUUUAUUAGAUCACUUUACAGUUUAUGUUAAAUGCAGCAAAUAAUACUACCUUACUUCCUGGUUGUUUUGGAUAUUUUGAUCAUGUCUGUUUUAUGAUUUAGGUGUAUUAAAUCUUUAGAUUUCAAAUUCCUUCCGAAUUGAAAUAACAAAUAAAGGAUAAAAUUGUUACAGCAUCUUUUAUAGAGCAUGUAAAACAGAAUAUUUAUAAACAGUUGAAUUGUU